GUGUUGUCAUGUAGUAUGAUCCAUAGAGCGAAAAGUCUGGUCGCCCGCAACUGCUUCGGAAAGAGGGGGAUCUGGAGAGAGGGAGGAGAGGAGAGAAAGAAAGUGACAGGAAGCCACCUCAUUAAACACUGACAGCAGGGUCAAAGAAAGAGAGGAGAAGAAAGAGUGUGUCCAGAACACACCAUAACCAUAUGGUGAUCUUAGAAGUGGAAAAGCUAGCAGAAAAGGGGUGGUCUGUUACUUCAGAAAAGAAAAAGUGCGAACUAAAAGGAAACUUUCCCUGAAAAAGUUAGAGACUCCAUCAUGUCAACGCUCUCGGCAGAGACAGGCCCUGAGGAUGCCAACAAUCAGAGCUUCUGGAUGACAGGGAACUACCACCGGACAGUGAAGAGGACCGAAGAUGCCUUCCAGGCGUGUAAUGAUAUAAUGGCGUGUUUCCAGGAGAGGGCCAGGGUCGAGAGACAGUACGCGCAGCAACUUAGUGAGUGGAGUACCAAGUGGAAACCUCUAGUGGAUGCUAGUCCUCUCUACGGCUCUCUGUUACGAGCCUGGCAGUGCUUCCUCUCUUCUGCUGACCGCCUCUCCUCGCUGCACUCCUCCAUCUGUCGUGCUCUGGUGUCAGAGGAUGGAGAUCGCAUGCGGACAUGGCAGAAGGAGACUUUUCGUAAGAAGAUAUUUGGAGGUUUCAAGGAGUCCCAGGAUUUUGAAACUGGUUUCUCACGUGCUCAGAAGCCCUGGGCCAAGAGACUGAAGAAGCUAGAGAAGGCUAAGUCAGCGUUUCACAAAGCUUGCCGUAAGGAACACGUGGCUCGUGAGCGGGAGGCCCAUGCCCAAGGCAACCCUGACAUUGCCAUCGAGAAACAGAGGAAGAUCCAGGAAGAGACUGAACUGGCUCACCAGGAAACCGAGAAAGUGCGAGCCCGCUAUGAGAAGAUUCUUGAGGAAGUGACGCAUUAUGCUCCACGCUACAUGGAGGAAAUGGAGUCGAUCUUUGACCAAUCGCAGGAGGAGGAGAGAAAGAGGAUAAGCUUCCUCAAACAGGCUUUCCUGUCCAUCCACAGACACUUGGAUGUCACCAACAAUGAGAGCGUAAAAGCCGUGUACAAUGAGCUCCAUAACACUCUGAUGUCCAUCAGCGAGCAGGAAGAUUUGCGCUGGUGGAAGAAUACACACGGGCCAGGAAUGCCCACCGACUGGCCUCAAUUUCAGGAGUGGACUCCAGACAAGAAGCAUAAAAAGGGAAAGAAGGAGGUGGAGCAGAAAGCAGUAGUGAUGGAGAGAAGUGUAAUGAUUGGAGGAGUGAGAGUCAGAGCUCUCUAUGACUACGUUGGACAGGAGACGGAUGAGCUGUCCUUCAAAGCAGGUGAGGAGUUUCUGAAGAUCGAGGAUGAGGAUGAUCAGGGUUGGUGCAGAGGCAUGAUGGAUGGAGGGAAAGAGGGCCUUUACCCUGCUAACUACGUGGAGGUGGUGUAAAACCACAGGACAGCAUGGAGCUCCAGCUCUGGGGUCCGUAACUGCCUACAGGCGCCCAGGUUUAAGCCUGGUUCACAGCCAUUUUUUUGAAGAUUGCUUUGUUUUCUGUGAGCGGAUGGUAAACAGGUAAAGGUUUAGAGUUGAAUUGAGUGCGUUAAGUUGGGAUCAGAAUGAGAAAAUGUUUCCAAAGUUCUUUCACUACGAUCUUACUUGAGAACAUUGUAAUGUUAUAUUUUAUUGUGUGUCACAUUGUAGCUUCAAGUCAAAAAUAUGCAGAGAUUUUCAUACAUUAUAAUAUGAUUAGGUACCGAGAUCCUCUAAUAUAUAUGGAGAAGAUGAACUGCAUUGUCUUGAUGCUUGCAUGAACCUACAGAGUACUUUAAGGACAAUGUCUCACACCAAAGACUUCACUGCUUAUUUACGUUUUAUCAGAGACAUGUUUCUUCUGACGAGAAUUGCGUUAUAUCUGAUGCCUGUGUAAAAGGGGCCAGAUGGUUAUGAUGUCAUCUUCAGCUACAAAUUUCACGCAAGAUGUUAAUAGGUUUGAUAAUAUGCUAUUUUAUUCCCCUUUGGUCGUGCUUGUAAA